CCAUGUAGGGCUUUAUAUUGAGUCCAUCUCUACAGCUGAAGACACAUUCAGCUCUGAUGACACCAGCUACAGCAGCACUGACAUGAAACUGAACGUUAGACUCACACCUGCCUAGAAAACUACAGACAUCAUUCAACUCUCUCUCUGUGUGUGUGUGUGUGUGUGUUUCACUCAGGUCCAGUGUUGGAGAACUGCUUGUCAGGUAACAGGUUUCAUUUUUAUGACAAUUAAGCUAAUUUUCCCCCAACAUUUUCAUUACUGUAAUGCAAAAAAACAUGUAAAUACAUUAAAGAAGUAAUUAAAAUCAUCCUGUAUAAAAAUAAUUUAAAUAUAUGAGUGUUUCUUCAGCUAUGGGAACUUUAAACGUCCCAGGGUUUGAGUUUUAUAAACAAUUUGUUCUUUUGUUAUAUCAACAUUAAAACUGAAUUGGAAACGUUAUUUAUUUUUGGUACUUUUCAGUCCUUUUGAUUUGACUGUUUUAGUCUUCAGACCCUAAUUUUAAUAUUAAUCUAUGAUAAUCCAUGAUAAGAAUACUAAUUAUUACAUGUUUAAAACUAUAAUCAUCUACACAAAGAGUGAAAUAAACAAUAUUUAUUGUGGGAAAAAGAUUUCUAUCAAUUAUUCAAACAUUUCCAGCACACUAAAUAAUUUUAUACCCCUAAUAAAAUAAAGUGUGUUCAAAAGUUAGUGUACUUGUUAAUCAAGUGGAGUGAAGAGCAUGAAAUAUGAGACAAUGAAAAAUCAAGGGAAAUAUCACUUGUGAGCUGUAAAAAGUGUGAAAAUAUGAUUGAAUUGUGUGUAUUUCAGACACAUCAAAUGUUAUCUAGGAAAUUAAUCUUCGCAACACAAAUGAGUCGAAAAGCGUUAAAAAUGUCAUUUCCAGCACAGAAUUCUAUUCAACACAAUCCAGAAUUUGAGAUAUGCUGGAAAUGACACAAAAAUGACAUAAAUGUCCUGUGAUACAUGUACAUACAGUGUUGCACAUUGUUAGUAGACAAAUUAAAUCAACUAGUGAGAAUGUGAACAAUUGUUUUAACAAGACUUUACUUUCUAGAAGUGAUAAAGUGCUUGAGGUUUCAGAAACGCACGUAAAUUAAAUUCAUUACGACAGAUAUUACCACGAUGUACACAUGCAAUUAUUCUAUGUACAUUUUAAAUAUAUUUUAACUGUUUUUCACAGUAGUAAAUGGAAAUUGGGGUACAAUGUGUUUGUCAUUAAAAUGUCACAAUGACGUCUUCAUUUAUUAUUUAUGCAUAAUAUAAUUUCUUAUUUCUUUUGAUUUUGGUGUAAAAUAUGACCCGGACAUGUUCUUGACAGGUUUAGUGGGAUUGUUUUGAACUGUUCAAACCUGAGUCGUCUUCAUUUUCUCCAACCUUCAUCAUGGGAUCCAUCAUCAUUAUCACCCUCCUCUUCUUCAUGAUGCAGUUCUGUGUCGUCAUGAGCAAUAUCUGUCAGAGCGACAGGAAUCCAGACCAUAAGCUGCAUGUGAGUUGUGUUAGUCAGGGUCUAACAGCCGUUCCUGAAGGGAUCGAUCCACUCACACAGGUUCUAGUUCUCUCAAAAAAUCAGUUUAGUUCUCUGUCCUGGUCUGCUUAUUCUGGAUUCACACACCUGCAUGAGCUGGAUUUGAGCUACAAUCAAAUCUCUGUGAUAGAACCACCAGGUCCAGUGCUAAAGAAAUUGAGUGUGUUGAAUCUGUCUGGUAACAGGUUGGCUGGUUUGGGUGGCAGGGUGUUCAGUUGUGCUCCAAGCCUGAUGGAGAUUUACUUGAAUGAAAAUGAGCUUCGUUCUCUUCAUGACGCCACCUUCAGCGAAUUGCCUUAUCUGGAGGUUAUUGAACUUUCUCAGAAUAAGCUUACAGCCCUCCCUUCUCACCUUCUGGAGAAGAUGUCUUCCAUUAGCCUGAAGACAUUUGAUUUGGAGAACAACAGUUUGUCGCUCAUGCCUGACGAUUUCUUCUCCUCCAAACCUGAUAUAGCUUACGUUUACCUGUCCCACAACCCCUGGCUCUGCAGCUGUGCAAUUGGAUACCUCCACAGCUACCUGAAUGAUCAGGAUUAUAACAUUUACAUACAUGAAGGUCCAAAAAGCAUCACUCAAGGUCCUGAAACUGUAGUGUGUGCCAAACCGCCACACCUGACCGGACGGAGCAUAAUUGAACUGGAGAAAGAUGUCUUCUGCCCACCAGAACCUACAAAUCCUCCAGCCCUCUACCACAGAGGAGACAUAGGUUUUGACAUGGCUCUUGAUAUUUCAGGUGAUUUGGACACUAUCUCAAUCACACACCUCCCACCUCCAAGAACCUGGCCGACCACCACACUGCACACAGUUGAGUCCUGGACCGACAUUUGGUCCGAAUUCUGGACAGACAUUUGGACAGAGUCCUCAUAUUUUUCCUUAACAAAAAUUCUCCCAGUAGUCACUUCAACAGAACCUUCAAUAGAUGUUCCCACUGAAGUUACCACCGAAUCAGCACGAUCAGACAUCUCAAAAACAAUCAGAUAUACCAUCCGACCCGAACUACAAACAACUAUUGCAUCAGUUACAGCCCUACCUGAACAUCCACCCACUGGACCAAUUACAUACAAUUACAAUCUGGAUCGACCCAAACUACAAACCACUGAACCAAUUACUGCCCAACCCCAUACCACAACUGGAUCACAAUCUGACCAAACAAAACUACCAACCAUUGGACCAAUUACUGCCCAGCUGCAAACCACAACUGGACCAAUAACAGCCCCACUCAAACUGCCAACCAACACCCAAACAAGCAGCUUGCCGAAUUGGACUGAGGGCACAGAUGCUUGGGUGGUGAAUGAAAGGAUGUUGCCAUGGUGCUGGUGGUUAUUUGCUGGGUUUGUGGUGUUGUGUGUGCUGUCCGCACUCACUUCCUGUUUCCUGUUCCUUUGGCUCCUAAAAAAUUACCUUGGAGUUUACUGCCGACUCAAGCGGCAUACCUCAACCUGCUCGGACUGCAAGGGGGUCACCUUACAGGCAUACAGGCGCUCUGAAAACACGUCAGCACAAGGAGAGGACAACAAGGGCGAAAGAGUGACGUUUCUACCCCUAAUACAGCUAAAAGACGUGCAAGCUGUAUUCCGGAGCGUCCUCUACAUCUCCAAAGAAGAUGAGCGGGAUGAUGGACACGGAAUGAGGGAUCUACAUGGAGGAGGAACUAAAGGAAGAGAUGUUUCUACCAAAAUAGAACUGGUGUCCAUCACAGAGGAAGAGAGAGAUAAACGGAGAGAGGAUGCAGCACAGAUGAUGCACGGGGACGUUUUCAGGAAGACGCUGUACAGAGUGAUUAGCCGAGAGGAGGAAACCGAUGGAUGGGUAGAAGAAGAGGAAAGCUGGAGGACUACUCGAGACCAAAGAACAGCUCGCUACAGUCUGAUUCUGAGGGAGGAGAGUGAGGAGAGGACAGGCAAUGAGUGGGUGGUUGGCGAGUGGCAGAUGGGAGAGAGGGGCGCAGCCUAUGAGAGGGCCUGCUCCCUAACUGGCCAAGUGGAGAGCUGACUGCCCUCCUCAGCUACUAUGGAGUGAACCGCUUUUUAUCCGAUAACGAUGGACAUACAGGCAUCUGUAAACUCUUCAAUAUUGAUCAUUGGUUCAAAUCCAAUAAAUUAUCCCUUAACAAUAUAAAAUAUCUUACAUGCUCAAUAGAACUGUUCAGCUGUGACUUCAAUUUGUAGGCAAACACGGAAGUCUAAUUCGUCAUUGGUUCCCUCAGGGUGUUUAGAAUGUAGGGAUUUUUGAAUUACUAGUAAAAUAAGAUCUGUGGUUAAAAUAACUUGGAGACUUUCACGUUUUGUUCUAGGACAUAAGUUACACACAGUCAUACCUCAGUCGUGUAUUUUAAACCCAUUGAUUUUGCUAACCUGUAGCUAAAAAAGGACUACAACAGUCAUCUUAUUUCGCAAAGCACUGAGCUCACAUGCUGAUGGUAGUUGUAGUCCUACUUUAGAGCGCAACAGGGCCCGCCCAAUUUUUCAGCCGCCUGGGUUCCGGAAGUAUUUUCCCCAUUAAUUUCUUACAUAGACUUUUAAUAAAACCCUUCAUAAAAUAGUUGUGAGUCAUGAAUCAAACCAACCAGCUCCGAGGUGAAUCACAACAUCACAAACUUUGUUUUGAGGCAAAAAGUAUUUGAAAUUUGGACAUAAAGACAAAGAUAUGAGGGUACAAACUACAAUCCCAUGAUGCACUGCGAAUGAUGUCAUUGACUAAAAAUGAUGGGAAUUUUAUAAAACUAUCUAAACGAUUUUAGGUUGUUGAUUAUAAGUAUAGAAACAGUAUAUUUUAAGUUUAUUGCUAAAUAUUCUAAGUAGUUUAAGGGUGAGGUGAGACCGACUCGAUUACGUCAUUCACAGUGCAUUAUGGGAGCGUGCAGUCGCUCCGAGACACGUUUCAUGGGUUUUGUUGGCCAUGGUUCUCUGAUUGGCGGAUCUUAUUCUGCUGUACCAUGGGUAAUGUAGUUGUUUACCAUGAAUUCUGCUAUCAGACAUGAUUUUUAAAUGAUAACACAGACAGAUGGCUUCAACAGAAGUAUAUACCAUAGAUGAACAUCCUCGGAGCUCACGGUCUGUCUUUAAAGGUUUAUAAGUUAUCGUUGAAUAUCUAUUAGUCUAUGGGAUAAAAGAAUGGGAUUUUUACUUCCGGAACCAGACUGUUGCACUCUAUUGAUGAAGCUAACUGUUGUUCUACAAACUUUUUUUAUUUUUUUCAAAAUACCUUUACUGCGAGAAAAUUUCUAACUUCCUAUUAAAGCUUUCAGUCUACAUCCACCAAACUUGGUACAGACCUUCAGACUGUUCUGGAAUAGUGUGCUAUUCCUUUUCUAACUGAUCGGACUCACGGUACAAUCCGUACAAUGCACAGCGGACAAUCAAAUAUUGGGGAAAAUCCCAGAGGCUUACAUUGAUGGAAUGUUCAAACAGGUCAGUGGAAUGCUCAUUAAUUCAAACUCCAUCUGUCAAAAAUUCAAAUGUAAACAAACCCACAAAAGGCCUUUAAUCUGCUUAAACUUGCUCUCUUUAUCGAUCUGUCUCAGACUUUUAAAACUAGUUCAAACUUUCAGUCAAGACUUUGCCAAUCAAACAUCAAAGUUUUUGUCUUGGGAAACGUUGCAUAUCUUGUUAGCACUGUGAUGGCAACAUGCAUUUAAAAAAAACAAUUAUAGCUUCAAAAUUAAUCUGUAAUGUAUGACUGUUAUUUAUGUUCUAGAACAAAACGUAAAAGUCUAUUCAAGUAAUUUUAACCACAGACCUUAUUUUGCUCAUAAAAAAAUAAAAAUAAAAAGUGAUAACUGCCAUUACAAAACCCAUGGCUUGAAAAUGCAAAUUGUCUUCUGGGUUUUGGACUACAACCUGCACAGCUCUGUAAUCACGGAAUUGAUAACCCUUCUUCAGUUCUUAUGUCCAAUAGCUUCAUAUCCCGGUGCCAUUACACAAAACUUCUUGUUAUACAGUACUAAUUGAUGGUAAACUGUGGUAAUCAGAGCAAUAUUAUUUUUUUCCAGCAAAGAUAGCUAAGAACAUUGAUGUUAGAAGAAUGAAACCCCUUGGGUCGUAUUACAGAAACAUCCCAAAUCUAGAUACCUGUCUUAUCUGUUUAUUUCCCAUGCUGAUUUCAGUUAAGAUCUCAUUUAGGACAAUACCUAUUACAGAAUAACAUUUCCUAAGUGAACUACCCCACAGGGAACAGGUGUCACAAAAGCAUCCUAACUUACCAGAAAAUCCAAAAAAUUGUCCUAAAUUUAGUAUAACUGCAGACAGUCAUAGCAGAUAAGAUUUCUAAUUUAAGGAUUUGCUUCUGUAAUACAAAUUUGUGAAAAAUACUAACUUGAACUUGUCAGAUAUUUAGACUCUAAAACACAAUAAUUCACACAUGAUAUACCCGUACCUGUCAUACUGCACCAACUGGAAUAGUGUUUAUUGAACCCUCCUAUGGUAUUCGGUAAUUUUUGACCUAAAUACAUUUAUCUGAGCAGUGCAAAACUUGGUGACUUUUCCUCCAUUUGCCAUCUGAACAUAAAAAAAAAAAAAAAAAAAAAAAGCAACACCUUUGGUGUUCACGGUCAAAACUCACCGACCGUUAAUAAUGAAUAGGAAAGAACAAAAAACAGCAUUUUUUUAAUUUGUCAAAUACAAUCAAUAAAUCAACCAUAAUGCAGAGAAAAACAGACAGGAAUUACAGGUUGAGACUCUAAAACAUCCUCAGAGCAAAACACACACACACACACACACACACACACACACACACACACAUACACAGACACACAUACAUACACUUACACAGAUACACACACACACACACACACAUACAUACACAUACACACACACACACACACACAUACAUACACUUACACAGACACACACACACACACAUACAUACACACACACUUACACUCACACAAAAAUGAACUGGUGAGACUAUAACACAGAGCUUUUUUUUUUUUUUUAACAUUUGUCAAACACACACACACACACACACACACACAAAAUAAGUGGAGCUCUACAACCAUCUUUUGAUCAUUGUUGACAUUACUAGUCAACUGUUUUCCAGCUGAUGACAGCAAUCUGACACGCACACGCAUGCACUCACACGCACACGUUUGCAAAAUACAUUUUUACUAUAGCGAGUUUGAAAUUGCAAAAUGUUUACUCUGAUUCCUCUGUUUGAAGGCGCAGUCACAUACAUUUGCACUGCAAAAUUCCACGGGCAAAACACAGUCAUCUUAAUGGGAAUCUGCGUAGUGAACUUUCCCCUUGUGGAUUUCAAGUUUGGUGAACUUUGCGGUGAACUCGCCAUGUUGACCUAUAGGAAGUUGCUUGGUUUGGCAGUGACCGAAUGGGCGGUGCUUCGUACACAGCUACACUGAAUAUACACAAUGGAUAAGGAUAUAAUUUCAUUGGCAGAGUUUUUUUUUUAACAAAUCUGCCAGAGUAUGAAGUGCAGCAUUAAAAAUUGACUGCUUGGCUGUAAUAUUUUUGCUGAUUUCACAGGCGCUCAGCAUCCGCCCACGUCAUCUUCGCCUGCAGAAUUUCGCCAUGCAACGAUAUCUGCGCCUUUACGCUCUAAUUUAAUUUUCAGAAAUUUGCAGUUCAUUUCUGUUUCUUGAUGUUUAUUUUUUUGACAUUAUUGUGCAUUUAUAUUUUUAUGUUUAAAAUAACUUAUUGGUAUAAAAAUGCUUAUUCUGUGUCUUUUUGUAACACCAUGGUCAGGUUUGAUUGCAAGCAUAAUGAUAUUAACUGCAAAGUUUGAUAAUGUUUAAAUAUAUAUCCAAAUGCAUAUCUUGUAAUAAAAUAUAAAAUUAGGUUACAAGUCAUCAGACUACACAGUAUGUGUCUACAGUCAUCUACUGGCUGUUACUGGAUUUUACUGGUUUUCAAGUCAUGUUAUUUAUAUUUUGUUCACCAGAGAGCAUCAGUCUGCCUCCAAUUUAUGUCACAUUUAUGUAGAAGAGUAGACUGUGAUUUAAAAGAAUAAAAAUAAAAUGUGCUUAUUUGUAUAUGCAAAUUAAUAGUACAAUUUAGAAAUGUACAUGUAAAUAAGAUCAAAAUGGCAUAAAAUCCCAAAAGAAAUGCAUCAUUUUAUUGUUCUUGGGGGAAAAAAAUGGUAUCAUUAUCAUAAAAAAGGAUUACACAUCUGACCCGUCCGGUCAAAAAUGACCAUAGGAGGAGUAAGUAAACUCUACAGUCUGCAUCAUCUCUAGAAACAAUCAUUUGAAUCCUCUUCACACUAUCUAGCAAGCUUCUGUCUGCUUUUUUCUCCAGAAAAUAUACAUUCUCAAUAUAAUGAACAAACUUCAAAUGUCAAUUAAUUUUCAGUGUAACUUCCAGGUUCAUCACCACGCUGCAAGAUCUUCAUAUGUGUUAAAUAUUGUAUUUCAUGUUUUAUUCUGUUUAUUGUGAAUUUUUAUGGAGCAAACCACUGUCAAAUUCUGUGCAAGUGCAAAUUGGCCAAUAAAUGUGUAUUCUCAUUCUGAUGAUCUUUCCUGAGGACAUUAUUGCAUCAAUUUACACGUUCACACACAAAACAUACAGCAAGUUAAUGUCAGCUUAAGCUACAAAUUCAAUAAACAU